AUGGGAAUCAGCAAAACUGAAAUAAACUUAAGAAGAUUACUCUCAUCUGCUCCUCAACAGGAAAACCAAGCAAAACUCGUCCAUUAUAUUGCUACUUUAAGAGAACAAUUGGAACAAUUGGCUGAAGAGAGAACGGCUGAUGAUUUACCAAGAGUUUCGAAGGCGGUGUUGAAUGAUUAUUCAGAGAAGAUUGAAGCGAUUGCUUCUAAAUUAGUUGACCCAUUGCCUGAAAUCAAGGUUCCCCGUGAAACUGUUGCUGGGGGUUCGGGAAAAGAAAGUCCUUCUAAGGCAGAUGGAGAAGAUCAUAUUGCACCUUCUCCAGGCUUGAGGAGGAGAUUUGCGCCAUCCUCGAAUAUUGAAGAUAGAACUCGGGAAUCUAUUCAGGCCGAUGCAUCAGCUCCUGUUAAACUGGACGCUGCAGCACAAGCACACAUUGAAAAGCACAGAAAGCUUCAAGAUGACUUGACAGAUGAAAUGGUUGGAUUGGCACAACAACUUAAAGAGAGUAGUCUCUUGAUGAGCCAGUCCUUACAAAACACUGAAAAGAUACUUGAUUCUACAGAGAAGGCUGUUGAGCAGAGCUUGGCCAGCACUGGUCAUGCCAAUGUCCGGACCAUGUCUGAUCAAGUGUUAGCUCCAAUCCCAGAGCCGGAGCAGGAGCAAGAGCAAGAGCCAGAGCCAAAACCAAUCCCACAUCCAGACCCAGACCAGAGCAUCAUUGGCCACCUCAUUGAUGUGAUUUAUUUUGUUAAUGCAAUCAGGUGA